CACCAGCUUGAUCAACACCAAGAAGAAGCUGGAGACAGACAUUUCUCAGAUUCAGAGCGAAAUGGAGGAUACGAUCCAGGAAGCCCGCAAUGCUGAAGAGAAGGCCAAGAAGGCCAUCACAGAUGCGGCCAUGAUGGCAGAAGAGUUGAAGAAGGAGCAGGACACCAGUGCCCACCUGGAGAGGAUGAAGAAGAACCUGGACCAGACAGUGAAGGACCUGCAGCACCGUCUGGAUGAGGCCGAGCAGUUGGCCCUGAAGGGAGGCAAGAAGCAAAUCCAGAAGCUGGAGGCCAGAGUGCGGGAGCUGGAAGGGGAGGUUGAUGCUGAGCAGAAGCGCAGCGCUGAAGCCGUG